AUGAGUCUCCACAUCAGCGCUCUGAACCCGGAGCUCACGCUCAUUCCAGUAUCAGACUCCCAUUUUAUUUCCUCCUCUCUCUUUCCUGACGGCAUGCCUAACACCGACUCGGACAAGGACUCUCUCCUUGAUAUUGACAAUUCCAACGACCAGGAUGUACCCACGUCAUCAACCUCGCCAGAGUCAAGCAAUGCUGAUAUAGGACAGCUGGCGACGGGGAGAAGUCCUGAUGAGGGAGAUGAUGACCGUCAUACGCCCGGUGUAGGCCGCUCCGAGUCAGAUGGUUCACCAGCAGCUGUUGCGGGCACGAAGCGGCGUGCUGAGGGUGAUCUUGCGCAAUGCGCUGACAUGCUCGCACGACACUUCAAGCUACCAAAGUCCCAACACAACGAGCUUGUUGAAGUCGCUUCCAUGUCCAACCGGGAACACAUGCUCUACAACUCGGCGCAGAUGGCAGUUGUUCAAGAUAUGCUCACGCAGAUUCAGCCUGCCCAAGCACAAUGGAAGAUUCCAGACACACUUUGGAGAAAGAUUGACUUGUAUUCGUACGCCAUCAUUGUCUCCCCUAAUCUCGACUUCUACCUUGGAGAGGGCGAGGUCACGCAACGCCUUUUGGCUCAUGCGUACAUCAUCGAGGUAGGCGGCAAGAGGACACGCAAAGUGAAUGCAAGAGACGGCGAUGAGGAUGUUGAGGUCGAGGGGAAGAGUCUGAAGCACACGAAGUUGUGCCGUGGCCUGCUCGUGGAGAAGGACUAUGUUCACCUUGAUCGGCUCUGUAAGACGUCUGUGUCUGUCAAGGUGUAUGAGGCUCAGGUGGGCGCCGCGUUCAGCGAGAUCCGGCGGGCGAAGGAGGCGCACCGCGAGCUCCUCGACGACGAGGACGAAGAGAUCGUCCAGAAGGUCGUCCGGGACGCGGUCGCGGACCCGGACGUCGCUGCUGAGGCCGAGGCACUGAGGCGCUCUCCGAGAGGACGCAUCGUCAUGGACGACCUCGAGGAGAUCCUGGACGUGUUCUAA